AUGCUGAAAUUAACAACGAUCGUAAAUAACGUCUGCAAGCGAGCUUGCGGAGGCUCAAUAAGUACUGGAGUGAGGGAAAGUCACGUGUGGACUAGUGAAAAUAUAGUUAAAUCACCGUUUAAGGACAUCGAAAUACCGAACUCGACUUUCGUGGAACAUGUGUGGAAGAAUUUGGAUAAAUGGCCCACAAAGACUGCUACGGUGUGCGGUAUUACAGGCAGACAAUAUACGUAUGAGCAAAUCUAUAGACAGUCACAAGUUCUAGGAGCAGUCUUGAGGAAGAAAUUUAGAAUAGAAAAUGGUGACGCUGUGGCUAUUAUGUUGCCCAAUUUACCAGAAUAUCCAACGGCGAUAUUUGGCAUACUAAAUGCUGGGGGUUUGGUCACCACUUUGAAUCCAAAUUAUACUGCAUAUGAAGUUCAAAGGCAAAUUAAUAUGUCUCAUACGAAGUUAAUUAUUGCCUAUUCAGAGAUUGUUCCCACAGUUAAGCAAGCAUUACAAUUAUGCAAAACGAAGAUUCCAAUUAUUGCCAUCAAUUCAGAAAAUCCUCUUCCAGAGGGAACUGUAUCCUAUAAGGAAAUAAUCGAAGAUGAACAUGUUGAUCUCAAUAUUCUAAGAGAGGUUGAAAGAACCGCUGACGAUGUUGCAUUUUUGCCUUACUCGAGUGGUACAACUGGACUACCUAAAGGCGUUGAGCUGACAAACUACAACAUUGUAGCUAAUGUCGAACAACAAAAUACUGAAAUUAAACAAUAUGCUGAUACCACAGUUGUGGUCCUCUUUUUGGGGUCACAUCCUCAAGUGCAAACAAAACACUUUGAACAUUUAAGAUGUGUGACAAGUGGCGCUGCCCCGUUGCCAAUAGCAGACAUUGAAAGGUUUUUGGAGAAAGUAAACCCUAAUAGUCACUUUUGUCAAGCCUAUGGCUUAACGGAGACUGCACCUCUCGCAACUGCCAGUCCUCUUGGUUACAAAGAAUAUUCUAAAGUGGGAUUUGGUAUUCCAAAUAUCGAGUUAAGGAUAAUUGACGGAAACUUAAAUAAUCGCGGACCAAAUGAGGUGGGUGAAUUACUUAUAAAAGGACCUAAUGUGAUGAAAGGCUACAAAGAUAACGAAGAGGCUAACAAGCAGGUUUUCUUAGACGAUGGCUGGCUGAGAACAGGAGAUAUGGCUGCGAUCGAUGAAUUGGGUGCCGUCACGAUAUCAGAUCGGCUGAAGGAGUUGAUUAAGGUAAAUGCAUUCCAAGUGCCUCCCGCCGAGUUAGAAAGUGUUUGUAAGGAACACCCUGCCGUUAUUGAUGCGGCUGUCGUACCAAUUCCCGAUUCCAAAACAGAACCGUUCAUGCGCGAGUCAGACUCGACCUUGGUAACACCUGAGGGCUUGUGGAUGCGUUCAGUCCAAGCAAUCCGACGACCCGAUUGGCGUAGUGGCGUAGAGCACCUGGUUCUAGGACCAGAGGGUGUGGGUUCAAUCCCCACUACUGGAAAGAUAUUG